CCCCCAAUGAAGAGACGUACUUUCCGGAGCAAAGUCAAAUUUGCUGCAAAUUGACCUCCCUAGCCUUCUCAUCUGAAAGAACGGCCUCUUUACAAAAUCAUCAUGCCGUUCAUUGAUUUAGAAAGUAAUUUACCUGAGAGUACGUUUUCUGAGGAUUUCUUGAAAAAGCUAUGCUCCAAAACAGCCGCUGUUCUAGGGAAACCCGAAGAGAGAAUGAUGUUGGUGGUGAAACCAGGACUGCCAAUGCUCAUGGGUGGAACUUGUGCUCCUUGCGUGAUACUGUCUGUGUCUGCCAUCGGUGUCACUGACACUGCUGAGAAGAACAAGGAACACAGUGCCAAUAUCUUCCCUUUCCUUACAGGAGAACUUGGACUUACUGAAGACCGGGUCAUGAUCAGGUUCUACGCACUGGAGCCACAUCAGGUUGGAAAGAAAGGAACUGUUAUGAGUUACCUGUAGGAGGAACUUUCUGCACCAGAAUGACUUCACACAUCUGUUCCACAACCGUUACCAUCGGAGAGAACAAACCCUGGCAGUGGAUUUCCA